AUGACAUUAUCAUUUACGACUUCUAAAUUGAGAAAAAUGAUUCCAUCGAUUAGCAAUUGUCUUAAGAAUUUAGAUAAAAAAAUGGUGGGUUUUGGUACAAAUGUAGACUCUUUUGACGAUUCAAAUCCAAUAGUAAAAAAUAUAAAAGAAUUACUUGGCUAUAAUCCUAAUCUAAUAUUAGUACAAUUUGCACCAAAAUUGGCUAAACUAUUAAAACUAUCACAUUAUAAAAGCCGAAACAUUUUGUUUAUGCGGGAUCUAAUUGACCGGAUUAGUCAAAAUAGACAACAAUUGUUGGCCAAUGGAGACGAAACCGAACCGACAGACUUUUUGCAGAUUUUGAUUAAUUCAAGUCAAGAUUUAAACAACGAUAAAACAAACGAUAAAUAUUUAACAAGCGACGAAAUGAUAGCCCAAUGUAUAAUGUAUUUUGUGGCCGGAUAUGAGACAACUACGAAAACUAUAUCAAUGGUUAUCUAUAAUAUAGCCAACAAUCCUGAUGUCCAGCAAAAACUUUAUGAAGAGGCCAAACAAUAUUUCAUUGAAAAUAAAGUGAUUGAAUUCGAUGCUAUAAAAAAACUAAAAUACUUGAACGCAGUUAUAUCGGAAACUUUGCGUUUGUAUCCAGUGGUACCGUUUAUUGAUCGUACGGCUAAUCGAGACUAUAAGUUAGGAGGUGGCAAUGAUAGUAGUAGUAGUAAUAGUGAUGCGAUAAUAUCGGGAAAACCAAUAACUGUUCCCAAAGAUACUAUAGUACACAUACCUAUUUGGUCGAUACACCAUGAUCCAACACUAUUCAAUGAUCCCGAACAGUUCAAACCGGACCGUUUUUUGGACGUACAUCAUAAUCCAUAUGCUUAUUUACCGUUUGGCCAUGGACAACGUAAUUGUCCCGGUAUGCUUUAUGCACUUUUGGUUAUUAAGAUAGCAGUACUACAAUCAGUCUACAAAUACAAGUUUCACCCGUCAAAUGAUUCACUUCAAAUAGAUUUUAUUGCUCUACUAAUGGUUGUCAAAGAAGUGAUGAUAUCAUUUGAAAAACACUGACCACCCAUACAGGUGCCGCCUGUAUUAUACAGGAAAGUUG